AUGACCUCCCGCGGUUCCCACGAGGGAUCCGACCCAUCAUUCCAGCAUACCAAGACCAUAAUCAAAGCCAAAACUUUUGAUGGAAAUGGUGAAGUUCCAUCAGGAUUCGAGAUGAUUGGAAGAAAGAUUGCUAAAAAGAUGUCAGGGUUUGCCCUUAGCUACCAAUCGUCUCUCAAGAAGUGCUUCUUGUUUUGUUCGAUUUUCCCCAAAGGUUGGGAAAUUGAGAAGCAGAAGUUGAUUGAACUAUGGAUGGCUGAAGGCUUUCUUCAACCAAGCCAAAGAGAUGACAUGGAAUCUGUGGGCAACAUGUUUUUUAAUGUGCUUCUACAAAACUCUUUGUUGCAAGUUAAAGAUAAAGAUGAGUAUGGAAAUGUUUCAAAGUGUGAGAUGCAUGAUCUUGUGCAUGAUCUUGCAUCUUCUUUCUUAUCCAAUAAUGAAGAUGGCGGCACUCCAUUUCGAUACAUGUUUCUCAACAAAGAAUCAAAUCCUCUUCCGAAAAAAGUGGCUAAGCAUUUGCAUACAUUAUUCUUGGAAUGUAAAACUUCCGAUACGAAGUUCUCAAACUUUGAAUGUUUGCAUAAUCUUACUCUGUCUGAUAACAAAGAGUUGCUGAAUUCAGUUAGGAAGAUGGUACAUUUGAGAAAUCUGAAUAUUUCGAAUACUUGGAUUCGAAAGUUGCACGUGGAUAAGGAUGAAGAAUGUUGGUCCAUAAUCAAAGCCAAAACUUUUGAUGAAAAUGGUGAAGUUCCAUCCGGAUUUGAGAUGAUUGGAAGACAGGUUGCUAAAAGAUGUUGGGGUUUGCCUUUAGCUGCCAAUGUAGUCGGAGGAGUGCUUCGCAGUAAGUCCGAAGAAGAGUGGCGCUUAAUCAAUGAAAAUUGGCUUUCAGAUGCUCAAGGAGGUGAAUAUAUCUCAAAAAUAUUGAAAUUGAGUUUUGAUCAUUUGUCUUCACCAUCGCUCAAGAAGUGCUUCACGUUUUGUUCGGUUUUCCCCAAAGGUUGGACAAUCGUGAAGGAGGAGUUGAUUGAACUAUGGAUGGCAGAAGGGUUUCUUCAACCAAGCCGAAGAGAUGACAUGGAGUCCGUGGGCGACAUGUAUUUUAAUGUGCUUCUACAGAACUCUUUGUUGCAAAUUCAAAUGAGUGAUGAUUAUGGAAAUGUUUCAGAGUGUGUGAUGCAUGAUCUGGUGCAUGAUCUUGCAUCUUCUGUCUUAUCCAAUAAUGAAGAUGGUAGCACUCCAUUUCGAUACGUGUUUCUCAACCAAGAAUCAAGUCCUAUUCCGGAAAAAGUGGCUAAGCAUUUGCGCACACUAUUCCUGGAAUGUGAAACUUUUGAUGCGAAGUUGUCAAACUUCGAAUGUUUGCAUAAUCUUACUCUUUCUGGUUUUGGUGAUAAAGAGUUUCCGAAUUCAGUUAGGAAGAUGAUACAUUUGAGAAAUCUGAAUAUUUCGAAUACAUGGAUUGGAACGUUGCCCAAGUGGAUUGGUGAACUCCAUCACUUGCAAACAUUAAGAGCAAACAUAUGGAAUUUAGUGAAACUGCCCAAUACGUUGAAGUACAUGUUUAACUUAAGGCAUCUUCAUAUCAAUUCUCGUACAAAGUUGCCAGCGGAGAUUGGGAGAUUAACUAGUCUUCAAACACUACCUUACUUCACAGUAGGCAAAGAGAAAGGCUACCAAAUUGAAAAGCUUGGAAGUUUGAAGAAUCUUAAAGGAAGGCUAAUGAUUUGUAAUCUGGAGGAGGUGCAUGACAAAGAAGAGGCUCAGAAAGCAAAUAUGUUUCAAAAGCCAAACUUAUUUUAUUUGGCGUUUUGUUGGAGUGAUGGUAGAGAAAAUGAAAGAAAUGACGUGGAAAUCUGA